AUGGAAAGAAGAAAAAACAUUCUCAGCACUGAUGAUUAUGAAAAUUCCAACGAUGUGGAAUACGCGAGUGACCAAAGUUUUGAUCCUGAUGAGGAUGUGAAUGAAGAUGCUAAUCAUCAAAAGAACAACAACAUUUCCAAACAAAAGCAUCCAUCCUCAUCCUCUCGUUCCAACAAGAAGCCAUCAACGGCUCAUACUCGCCCAAGCAACAAAACCCCCAAGAAGGCAACUGAAACCUCAAUUCCUCAUGAGGACGAUGAUGAAGAUGACAUUCAGUAUGUAGAAGUGGAACCAGAAAAUACUAACAACGCUCCAUCCUCGGGCACAAAAAAGAAGAAAAAGAAGAAAAAGAAACCAACAACACAAGACUCUUACGGCGAAAAGCCUUCCAAAGAAGACGCUGCUGCGAGCAAAACUUCUCCACAACCCAAGUCCAAUGCAAGAAAGGGACGUGUUCUCUAUGUAAAAGUGAGUAGCAACAACAACAACGCAGAUUCUGCAUCCUCUGUUGUCCCUAGCUCUGAUAAGAACAAUAAGGAAGUUCCAAUCUCCGAAGUUGGUACCAGAACGAACCAGCCACCCGCUCAAAAGAACAAACAGAAUAAGGCUCCUCAUAACAAGCCAAUGAAUUCGGAAUCAAGUGGCAGCGGCUCUCAACAAAAGCAAAAGGAGCACAGUACCCAUCCUCCAAGAGUGGUUUCACCAACUCCCAAGAGAUACUCUCAACAGAAUUACUCGGGAAAUCAGGCUUUGCAACAACCUGCAAUUUCAUCAUCAUUCUAUUCACAUAGUCAAGCUGCGAAGAAUCAAAAGAUACCUGACAGUAUUCUCUCAUUCAAGUUGAAUGCCAACGCAAAAGCAUUUACUCCUCCUUCUUUUACACCAGUAAUUAUUGAGCAACCCAAGAAGGAUACUCAAACUUAA